UUGGGGGAGACAAGAAUAAACCCCUUCGAAAAGUAAAUAAAUAAACAAAAAAAGGAAAAGAAAAACUCCACGCUGCUCGCGAACUCCUACUCUCGUCGACUUCUACACUCCUAAUUCCUAAAACCAGGGUUUGGAAUGAAAAUGGUGGCCAGCAGUCAUGUUAAUCGAAUCGACACAAUACAGCUGAAAGAGCUUCUUUUUGAAAAGAUCGGGCACCAAAGAGGCCAGACCUACUUCGAUCAGCUGCAGAGAUUUCUGUGUUCGAAGCUGAGCAAGGCUGACUUUGAUAAGAGCUGCAUAGAGACGAUUGGGAGGGAGAAUCUCCCCAUUCAUAAUCGUCUCAUCCGAUCCAUCAUCCAGAAUGCUUGUCAGGCUAAAACCCCGCCUCAAAAAGCUCGAAAAGUUGACGCCCUUGGUGUCAAAGUUGCCAAUGGCCACCCGAAGAAUCAUCUUCAAUCUAUUUAUGGAGACGCAUUCCCUCACUCUCCUCGCAAAUGCAGGUCUCCGAUCAAUCGCAAGUUUCGUGAUCGCCCUAGCCCUCUUGGCCCGUUGGGCAAGAGUCCUAGUCUCACGUAUGAAGAAACUGUUUCGAGGAUACAAGAGCAGCAAAGUGCAGCAGAGUUGCAGACUCUCUCCGGCAGGCCUCCAACAGCCGCUGCAUCAGUUGAAGAUGGGGAGGAGGUCGAACAGCGUGCCAUGAUCCCCGUUCCUCACAGAUGGAGUUCUAUCACUGCUCCUCUUGGUGUUUCACUCGACUUGGGUGGUGUCUGCAAAGCGUCCCAUUCUUGCCCGUCUUGUCAAACCAAUGGUGAAUUGCCCGAUACAAGAUCAUUGGGGCGUCGUUUGCAGAAGAAGUUGGCAUCGGAGGGAGUUGGAAUUACACUAGACGGCGCUAACCUGUUGAAUAAAGGUCUAGAUGUGUAUCUGAAGAAAAUGAUUUCACAAUGUAUAGGUGUUGCUGGAUCACGAGGCGUGGAUCCUCUCACUCUAGCGAGACAUUCAAAUGGAAAGAGGAGAAUGCAACCGUAUAAUGCAAGUGUGUUGGAUUUUCGGGUAGCCAUGCAGUCGAAUCCAUCCGUAAUCGGGGAAAAUUGGUCCACGCAGCUUGAGAAGUUAUGCAACCAUGGCUUACAAUAAGCUCUGCGAUUCGGGAGCAACUCAUUCGACAAAUCAAAUCAAGUGAGUUUCUAUACUAUUUGACUCAAAUUUGACGAAAACUCAGAGGCGAAAACGAGCUGUGGAUUUGCGAUGAAGUUAGUGGUGUUUUCAGCUUUAGUUGUAGGAAGAGGAGAGUGUUUAUACAGUGAUUUUACACAUCUGAUAGAGUCUCUAAGAGUUGAGAGAUCGUCAUUUUUUUUCAUCCUAAUUUGGAAAUGUUUAAAGUUGCUAGCAGACAUGUAUUGACUUUGUUCAUGUCAUUUAUUGUAUAUAUAAAUGUCUAUUUUGUCUCA